AUGUCUGAUACCUCUAGUGAAACAAGACAUUGGGUAGCAAAGGAAAACGAAAGCAUUGAUGCCUACGUUGAGAAGAUUACGAAGAAGAAAGUCGAGAGCAAACAUCUUGCCAAUUUGCAAGGCGACGAUCGCAGGAACUUGUUCCGUCACAAAUGUGUGACCGCACGGAAUCUUGGCCGAAUUUGCCAGCUAUCCGCAAGCACCAAUUACUCUUCAUUUCUCACACGAUUUGACAAAGGAGAAGUGACCUGGAGACAAGUUUGGGACUUCAUCGUUCAGGUGGAAGGGAUCGCCUUCAUUCAAGCUAACCUCUUCCACCACGCCAUGGUACUUAUCGAACGCAUUAAUGACUUGAUUGUAAGGGAGGAGAAAGAGGAUGAUACGGAAAACGAUCCUGAUAAGAAGAAAGAGUACGACGCCCUUGCAUUCAAGGUGAUUCAACAUUUGUUCCUGGAAUGGGCAGACACCGCCGAAUUAGAUGACAUUAAGCGCCAAGCAGCCGCCGUUGCUAUUCCAGUACCACCCUACAAUAACCUUGCUCAGGCAAAACGAGACUUGGACAUGCACCAACAACUCCGCCAAAAUGCAUUCGCCGCAGCUGAAGGGACUAGGAAGAAGUGGAAGGAGUUGGACAACGCUCUCAAGAAGGAGAAGCAGAAGGAAGACAUGGAAUCAGAGAGUCAAGGAUCCGCCUGA